UUGGGACUACAGAGACACAACUAAGAUAUCCCAUUUUAGUCAAAUGGGAACAUUGUUUUCAUGUCCUUUUGGAGAUUUUAAUGAUUUGGAUAGUCGCUUUGAAAAUUUUAUAUUUAAGUCGAUCAAUUUUGGGGGAGGAGAGGCCAAGAGCCUAUUAAGGUCAGUCAGCUUCAAUGGCCGAGAGUCGGAACCAGCAACGACUAUAUUGAAAUCUUAUGGUUCAGCCAAGUUUGUAUUCGAACGGUCACUUAGCUUGAAGAGGAAGGAACUGGAGAGAAUGUUGUCUUUCAAAACUCCCACAGCAACUAUGGAGAACAAUGUGUUUGGUAGAGGAGCAAGUUCGAAGAAGAUCCGGGAUUUCGGAGAAAAAUUGCCCAGAUCAGAUGCCUUGUCCGAAGAGAAAUCGAUUCCACCAGAGCCCGAGGCGGGAAAUCAGAGAAACCAUGCAGCAUUGAAGCUGCAAAAGGUGUACAAAAGUUUCAGGACUAGGAGACGGCUAGCGGAUUGUGCAGUUAUGGUCGAACAAAGAUGGUGGAAGCUGCUAGAUUUUGCAGAACUAAAGCGGAGCUCAAUAUCAUUCUUCGAUAUUGAGAAGCCCGAGACUGCAAUUUCGCGUUGGUCAAGAGCGAGGACCAGAGCUGCCAAGGUAGGAAAAGGCUUGUCGAAGGAUGAAAAGGCUCGUAAACUCGCUUUACAGCAUUGGCUUGAGGCAAUAGAUCCUCGACAUCGCUAUGGCCAUAAUCUUCAAUUUUACUAUGCUAAAUGGCUUCACUGUCAGAGUAAACAGCCGUUUUUCUAUUGGCUCGAUAUAGGAGAAGGGAAAGAAGUUAAUUUAGAUAUAUGCCCCCGAUCGAAGCUUCAACAGCAGUGCAUCAAGUAUCUCGGGCCAACAGAAAGAGAGGCAUAUGAAGUUUCAGUACAGGAGGGCAAAUUUAUGUACAAGAAGAGCGGGGAACUUCUUGAUACAAAAGAAGGACCCAAAGAUGCUAAGUGGAUAUUUGUUCUUAGCACAUCAAAGACCUUGUAUGUUGGGAUGAAGAACAAAGGCACAUUUCAACAUUCAAGCUUCUUGGCGGGCGGGGCUACCUUGUCUGCUGGAAGAUUAAUAGUGGAAGAUGGUAUUCUAAAGGCAGUUUGGCCACACAGCGGGCAUUAUCUCCCAACUGAAGAAAAUUUUCAGGAAUUUAUGUCAUUCCUCACGGAGCACAACGUAGAUCUUACUAACGUAAAGAAAAGCCCAAGUGAUGAGGAAACCACUGGCUUAUUCUCCAAAAAGAGCUUCGACGCCAGCAUCCGAAGCAGUCUAUCCAAAGCAGCUUCAACUAAGGAUGCCGCAACAGAAAAUACCGAAAGCUUGGGCCAGCAGGACUCUGAUGCUGCAGCGAAUACAAAUCCAGUCAUCCCAAGGUUGCCAAGAGUUUUAUGCUCAAAGUUAACCAAACUCGAAAUACCAGAACGAAACCAUCUUGUUGUUGACAUUGUCAACAAGGAAUCACUCCAGUCAAGUGGCCACGGGGAUCACCGUCAGGACUCUAUUUCAGAAGACGGUUACGAGACAGCUGAAGAGUCAUUCCUGACAGAGGAAGAUUUCAUGUUUCCGAAGUGGAACUUGUUUGACGACGAAGAUCAAGAAGAGGAGGACAAGAAGCCAAUGAUCCCGAAGGAAAAGAUUAUUCAGAGGAUAGAUUCACACAAGGGAAUGAAGUCAUAUCAGUUGGCUCAGCAUUUAUCGACCAGAUGGUCAACCGGGGCUGGCCCGAGGAUUGGUUGUAUGAGGGAUUACCCUUCAGAGCUUCAGUUCAGAGUUUUGGAACAAGCAAACUUGUCUCCUAGAUCAAGGGGCUCUAGUUCAUCUCCUAGGAACCCGUCUCGGUUCUACCAAAAGGUCUUGAUGACUCCAACUUCUUUAGGUAGAGACACAACUAAUACAUAAUGCAAUUUCAUGUCCUCAGACAGGACACGACAAUAGAUCAAUGACUAGUACUAUAUCACGUGGGGAUAUAA